AUGUGCCCAAAUGCAGAGCCGGAAUCAUCCACUGAAGCCAUGCCCUUAGGUGGGCUGGGGAAGAGUCGCAGCCGCCUCAGAGUGGCUGCAGUUCUAGUCUCUCUCUUUUCGACGCUUUUCAUCUCAGCCCUAAAUGUCACUAUUGUUGCUACUACUAUACCCACAAUUACUGCCGAUCUCCAUUCUGCAGCCGGAUAUUCUUGGAUAGGCGGUGCAUUUACCCUGGGAAACACGGCCUUCUUGGCUGUGUGGGCCAAGCUAUCAGAUAUCUGGGGCCGGAAGCCUAUCCUUCUCACGCUCGUCGCGCUCUACUUCUGCAGUUCCAUCAUCUGUGCGACCUCCAGAUCUAUAGGAAUGCUUAUUGCAGGUCGUGCAUUGCAAGGCAUGACCUGUGGAGGCAUAACGCCGCUGGUCAUGAUAACCAUCUCAGAUAUAUUCAGUAUGAGGCAAAGAGCACUAUACCUUGGAUUUUUACAGGCAAUUUGGGCAGUUGCUGGAGGCGUUGGCCCUGUCCUUGGCGGUGCAUUGACCCAGUACGUUUCGUGGAGAUGGAUAUUCUGGAUCAAUCUUCCAGUUGCUGGGACAGCUUUCACCCUGCUGUUACUCUUUUUGGAUGUCCAUAACCCCCGAACUCCAUUUAUGGAAGGUAUUAAAGCGGUUGAUUGGUUUGGAAGUAUCGCCAUUAUCGGGGCCCUUUCAAUGCCAUUACUGGGAUUAAACUUUGGGGGAGAGUUAUUUCCCUGGAACUCACCUAGAGUUAUAUGUCUGAUUGUCUCCGGAUGCACAAUGCUUGGAAUCUUUGUUUUUAGCCAGGCACGACUGUCAAAGUACCCUCUGAUGCCGUUGAAACUAUUUCAACGCAAGUCCAAUGUUGCCUGUGUCGUUAUUGGGUUUACACAGUUAUUUGGAGUCCAAGCGGCUGAAUUUUAUCUUCCUCUCUUUUUCCAGUCUAUAUGGGAAGCUUCCCCCACUCGAUCUGGUGUGCUUAUACUUCCCAUGACAAUUACAGAGAGUGUUACCGGAAUCAUAUGCGGUUUAAUAAUUCAUCGUACUGGUCGAUAUAUCGAAAUUAUUCGAACCGGCACCGUUCUGUUUGCUCUUGGUAUUGGACUACAUAUCCAUUUCAGUGAGACAUCAUCCCUUGCCGAAAUUGCUGGUAUAGAAACUAUCGCGGGCUUUAGCGCAGGGAUGCUCUUUGAUCCCCCAUUACUGGCAUUGCAAGCUAUGGUAUCUCAAGACGACACAGCAACUGCGACUGCAACGUUUAACCUUCACCAGAACAUCGGCUCUUUCAUGGCUUCUGUUCUAGGCGGUGUUCUUUUCCAGAAUGGCAUGCGAAUGAGAACUCAAGCUCUGAAAGACGGAGGCUUGCCUGAAACUGUUGUUGAGCAGCUCUCUGGUGAUGCUGCGGCUGCCAAUGUGGACGUUAUUAGGAAGCUUUCGGACCUGACUCAGAAGCUUGUGGUAAAAAGGGCUUUCGCAUCCAGCCUCCGAUAUAUCUGGAUUCUAGCCGCAUGUUUAGCUGCAUGCGGUGCUCUUGCGAGUCUCUUAAUCUCGAAGCAAGUUCUUAAUACAGAACAUGUUGAGACAGAAACAGGUAUUAAGAAAAAUGUGCCGGUAACAGCCGAAUUAUCUAGGCUCCAAGCUACCAAUUGA